AUGACAGGCAGGCUCAAGCGCAAGCUCAACGACCUGGGAGUCGAUACGGGCAGCUCAAAGGCAACGGAGAACUUCUGCCUUAUCGGAACGCCGCUUCCGCCACUUGAGAAAUCGAAAGACACUGGGGAAUUUGUUCCGGUGUGGAAACAAGAGGUGCGAGAUGAGAAGGGUCGCAGGCGCUUACAUGGCGCUUUCACGGGUGGUUUCUCUGCUGGGUAUUUCAACACAGUCGGCUCAAAAGAGGGAUGGGCUCCGUCGGAGUUCAGGUCAUCGCGAACGGAGAGGGCGAAAGCAAAAGCUGCUCGACCUGAAGACUUCAUGGACGAGGAAGAUCUGACUGAACUUCGCGAUAGCCAAAAGCUAGUCGAUACUACGGAAGAGAUGGACUUGAACUUUUGGGAAAGGAGAAAAGCUGGUGAAGCUACUGAGGAGAAAGACUCUAUCACCAGUGCGCUUGAAGCGGCCCUGCUUCCCGCACCGCGAGACUCCGUUGGUGCACAGAUUCUCAAGAAGAUGGGAUGGCGAGUCGGGCAUGGUAUCGGACCCAAGAUAUCCUACGAACAUCGAAAGCGUCAAGAUGCUCUCUCUCAUGCCCCCGCUGGUUCUGGAGAAGACUUGCAAGACGUUGAAGACCACGAAGAAGCGAAGAAACACCUUUACCCACCACGAGAUACAAGGGUUCCGGUAUUCAAGCGCAAGGAUAAUAAACACGGCCUUGGAUAUGAGCCUGGAAUGGGACUAUCCGAUAUAGUCGCCUCUGAGGCGGGAGGCAAGGGCAACAAGAAGCCAAUGCAGGGGCCAGAUAUCAGCGCGGGAUUCGGUCUUGGUGCUUUAAAUGAUGCUGACGACGAUGACCUUGAUGUCUACGACCGUGGAUUUGUUCAAUCUGGCCGGAAGCUUGCUUAUGACGCCGAUGAUGAUGAUGAGCGCAUUGCAAUAGGUGGUCUAUCAAAGGUCAUGCGGCCCUCAUCACAGACUUCCGGGGCAUCGUUGAGCAUAUUGGGGAGGACCACAUUCAAUAAUGGCUUACCAUGUGUGCACGGCUUUGUCGUCGCCAAGAAACCGAUAACCGAGGAAAACUUGUUCCCUCCACCGGUUGUGCCAAAAGAGUGGUCACCCGAUCCUCGACGAGUUUGGGAGCAGGACAAGGAAAAUUUCAAAGAAGGUUCAUUAAUUCAAGACAGUGCGAAACAAGUACCAACUGGAGAUAGCUAUGGUGGACGCCGUGCCAUAAUGUCCGCGAAUCAGCGAGGCAGUCUUUUGGGAGAAACCACUCUCCCAGCAGCUCCCCGUUCAGUCUUCGACUAUCUAGCUCCGAAAGACCGGGAACGUCUCAAGAAUCUGACUACCAAACCAGAGCCUGGUCCAACAAUACCGGAACCUGAACCAUCUAUCCCUCGUCUCGAUGCCCAGGUCGCGAAGAUGGCCUUGCAAGGUUUCCAACCAUUCACCAAUGAUCCAGUCAAACAGACGAGAUAUACUGCUUACCUAAAAGCGCAAGCUGCAGGUGAAGACAGCGUGCCGUUUUCGCGUAUGCCGGGUCAGGCGGCUGAUGCCUUUGCACGCGAGCUUGAAGAUUAUGCACGCAGUGCGCAGAUUUUCAAGCCCGUGAGCGGUGCGAUGGCUGGUCGUUUUACGCGAGCGGCAGUUGUGGAGGUUGGUUCAAAAGCCACUGAAGGCCUGCAUCGCCCAGAGGAAGGAGGUUCAUACUUUUCUACACCUGGUGAAGAUGAAAAGGAAAAGGAACCGGAGAAGGAAGAGAGCCCGAAAGAGAAUGCUGCUCGACUGGGUAUGUUUGGUCCGCUAACGAGAGAGGUCAAGCCGUGGGUUCCAGCACGAUUAUUAUGCAAGCGCUUCGGUGUAAAGGAGCCUGAAGUCGAGCUACACUCUGAACCGACGAAGACAACAGAAUCGUCGAAUUGGCAAACCGGCGGCGUACUUGCAAUUACAGAUGGUACAGAGGCAGGUCUCGCGGGUGCAACGAAAAUCGGUGAGAACGAUGGUGAAUCUAAGCCUGGACCGUCGAAGGCCACCCGCGCAGGUGGUAGCCGCGAUUUAUCAAAUAUUGGAUUAGGAGACGAAGACGAAACGCAAGGCCGUGACAUACUGACGUAUGAGCGUCCUGACAUGGAUAUCUUCAAGGCAAUCUUCGCAAGCGAUGAUGAGGGAGAAGAAGAUCGAGGUGACGCCAGUGAUGACAAUGAAUCCAAACCUGAUGGGAAGACCCCGAGUGCCAAUGGAAACGUUAAUGGAACCAGUAAUAACGAGCCUCCUAAUAUGAACGAGAAACCGUCAGGAGACACGGCGCCCUCUUCAUCUGCAGAACCCGUCGAUUACAACAAUGCAGCUGGUAAGGUUGACAUGACCGCCUUUAAACCAACGUUCGUACCGCGUUCAGACCGCGCAAAGGGGAAGGACAAAGAGAAGAAACACGAAGGGAAAGAUAGGGAUAAAGACAAGGACCGAGAACGGAAGAAGAAAAAGUCUAAAACGUCACUGGUAUCAUUCGAAGUCGAGGAAGAGGGUGGCGAGGGUGUUCGAGAGCGGAGUCGGGACCGAGAGUCAGAAAAGAAGAGGAAGAAAAAGAAGCGCGAGAAGAAAGUAGAAAUUGGAUUACAAGACGAUGAGGAGGAUGAGGGCAUGUGGGUGGAGAAGCCUCCACCUGAGGUGGUGCAGAAUGUUACUGUUCCUGCUUUUGAUAUUGCUAGCAAUGCGGAUGCGGAAGAUGGAGGUGCAGCAGGCCCGCCUAGAGGUCGUAAGCGAGCAAUAGAUUUCAUGUAG